AUGGCCCCUAGAAUCCUACUCUGCGGCGACGUUUUUGGCCGCCUUAACCAGCUCUUCAAGCGCGUCUCAUCGGUGAACAAAUCGGCCGGUCCAUUCGACGCCCUCUUGUGCGUCGGCCAGUUCUUCCCCGACUCACCGGAGCUUCUUGAUGAUUUUAUGUCAUACAUUGAAGGUGCCUCUCACAUUCCCCUCCCAACGUACUUCAUCGGCGACUACGGUGUCGCCGCUCCUAAAGUUUUGAUGGCGGCCACUAAGGAUUCUGCCAACCGUGGUUUCAAGAUGGAUGGUUUCAAGGUUUGCGAUAAUUUGUAUUGGUUGAAAGGCAGUGGCAAGUUCAACCUCUUCGGGUUAUCUGUCACCUAUUUAUCUGGUAGGAAAUCAUCAAAUGUUCAGCAGUUUGGAACUUUUAGUGAAGACGAUGUUGAUGCUUUGCGUGCAAUAGCUGAGGAACCUGGAGUUGUUGAUUUGUUCUUGACUAAUGAAUGGCCAAGUGGGGUUACAAAUGGAGCAGCUGCUUCAGACAUUCCUGCUGAAUUCUCGGAAUCUAGCGGCAGUGAUUCAAUCAUAUCAGAGUUAGUACAAGAGAUUAAACCACGCUAUCAUAUUGCAGGUUCUAAAGGUAUAUACUAUGCCCGCGAACCAUAUUCCAAUGUUGAUGCCGUGCACAUUACCCGUUUCAUUGGGCUUGCAUCUGUUGGAAAUAGAGAUAAGCAGAAAUUUAUUCAUGCAAUUUCUCCAACACCUGCAUCCACCAUCUCUUCAACUGAGAUUGCCAUGAAAACCACAAAUACUACCUUAUCACCAUACACGUCUACAAAGGAAAAAGCUUCUCCUAAUGACACUGCAAAGAGACCUGGUGACUCUGAUUCUCAACAUUGGAGAUAUGAUGUUUCACAAAAACGGCAGAAACAUGACGCUGGAGAUAAGUUAUGUUUCAAAUUUGUAUCUUCUGGCUCUUGUCUACGGGGAGACACAUGCAAUUUCCGACAUGACACAGAUGCAAGGGAGCACUGUUUGAGAGGUGUUUGUUUUGAUUUUUUGAACAAGGGAAAAUGUGAAAGGGGUCCAGAUUGCCGCUUUAGGCACAGCUUGCAGGAUGAAGGUGAUAAGCAUCCUUCCAGGAAGCCUGGAUCAGAAAAUACAAGGUCUAGCAGAUCAAGAGAAUGCUGGUUUUGCUUGUCAAGCCCCAAUGUGGAGUCACAUUUAAUCAUAAGCAUCGGGGAAAAUUACUAUCUAGCACUGGCUAAAGGUCCACUUGUUGAAGACCACGUGCUGAUAGUACCUGUUGAGCAUAUGCCAAGUACUUUAUCUUUGUCUUCUGAAUCUGAAGCUGAGCUCAUACGAUUUCAGAACAGUCUCAAGAGAUGUUUCAAGAACCAAGAAAAGGAAGUCAUAUUUUUUGAGUGGGCUUCCAUACGCGGCACUCAUGCCAAUCUUCAGGUCAUUCCCAUUCCAUCUUCCAAAGCAGUUAUGAUUGAAAAAGCAUUCAAUUUAGCUGCACAAAAGUUGGGAUUUGAAUUUGUUGUAAAGAAAUUCGAUAGCAUUUCUGAUGGAAGAAAGUUUUUGAAGACACAAACUGACGGGAAUUCAAGCUUGUUCUAUGCUGAAAUCCCAGGAGGCACAAUUUUGCUGCACCAUGUUGAGGAGAAAGACACGUUUCCUGCCCAGUUUGGACGUGAGGUUCUGGCAGGGUUGCUUAAUAUGGCAGAUAAUGCAGACUGGAGGAAUCGCAAACAUAACAAAGAUGAAGAGAUGAAAAUCGUUGAAGAUUUCAAGGACCGAUUUCAAGAAUAUGAUCCAAACCGUUGA